UUCCAUUUCCAUUUAAAUUUAAUUCAAGAUCACAAUUUUACCCAACUACCAAAUCCAAUCUAUCGAAUGGCGUCUCCGGUACUGGCCAAGGCGGCGGGGAAGGUGGGUUCGGCAGCCCGUCGGCAAGCUCUCACCUUGACGGAAGCCGCUGCGGAUAGAAUACGUCAACUCCUUCACAAUCGCCAGCGCUCCUUUCUCAAGCUAGGCAUCAAGGCUCGCGGCUGCAAUGGCUUAUCAUAUACCCUCAAUUACGCAGAUGAAAAAGGAAAAUUUGAUGAGCUGAUUGAGGACAAGGGUGUGAAGAUUGUGAUUGAUCCAAAAGCUCUCAUGCAUGUAAUCGGGACAAAAAUGGACUUUGUAGAUGACAAAUUGAGGUCUGAGUUUGUGUUUAUCAACCCGAACUCGAAGGGACAAUGCGGUUGUGGUGAAUCUUUCAUGACAUAAUUGAAGCAGCAGGUAAAAGAGGGUGUUGGAUUGAAGAAGGUGAUGGUGUUGUUCAUAGUUGAAGGGACAACUAACUCCAUUGGUGUUUGUAUAUUAAAGAAAUCAAAGCUUAUAUACAUAUAACAACUACAACUCUUAACCAAUUAAUCUCACCUCCACCUUCACUAA